AUGCGCGAAUCAUUCUACGCUGCACCGUACUACAACCUGGCUCUGGUGCUGCCCGACCUCAUGUUCCUGACUCUGCUAACGAGCAUCCUCUAUUCGGAGCUGAAGGAAGCCAUUCCGGCAGCCAUGAAUGGCCUAGAUGGCAUCAAGGAUUACUUGAAGUUCUGGAACGUCGUGGACUGGAUCAACGUGACAGUUGGAAUAGGAUGCGUGUCGGUUUGGCUUGUCUUCGUGCUGAAGCUAACCGUGGAGCUGGAGGAAGUCCUGAAGGGUCUACCCUCAGAGGUCUUGGAUUUGUAUGUCUUCACGAAUCGCACCUACCUGAGUUACGAGGACUCGCAGGGUUUGUUGACGCUCUGUGGCCGUGCCUAG